AAUAAUGAUUUUUAAAAAUAUUUUUAAUACUUAAAAAAAAUAAAAACUUUUUUUUUCUUUUAGAAUAACUAUAAAACGCAAUAGAAGGGUGGUAGAUGGUAGGUGGUGGUGUACGAGUGCCACGAGGCUAAGUGGCAGACAAAUAUUUAAAAAGAUAAAUACAUCGAAAUUCAAUAUAAAUAUUUUAUAUAAUUUAGUCAAUGCAUUUACAAUAAAAAGGAUACUGCAACAUGUUUUGAUAGUUGGUAGUGGGGGCUAUCUGCCCACUUUAAGAUAGUCAUGAGUAACUUUGCCAUUUGGGCUUUUUUUUUUUUUUUCUUUUUCAAAAUUCGGAUAUUGAAAAUGAGAAGGAAAAUGUUUUAUUUAUUUCUAAUGGGUCUAGAAAUAAACCCAUCAAGUCAAAUGGGUGGUUGAUGUUUAUGAUUGAAGAAAAUGAUUCAGAUUUUAAUCUUCUCACACCCUUGUAUUAUUUAUUAGAAAGGAGAGGACAAAGUUUAAUGUGCAAUUAUUACACAAUCAAAUGAUAUAAAUGCUCAAAAACUUGAAGGGGAUAUGAUGAAUUUAAUGUGCAGUAGCAAAAUCCAAAGUUUUCUUACUUUUGGGUACAGUCUACUAUGAAUACAUAGUAGACCCUUUUCUCACCUCUUUGUAUUUGUGCUAUCCUUUCCUACAGAAUCACAGCCCCUACCAUUUGCUCUCUCUUUCCACCAUUUAUGAGCUGCUACUUCCCUCAAAAGCACCACUUCACUUUCUCCCACUUUACAUAUAAUCCUUUUUAAUAUUUUUGUUAGAAAAAAUUAUUUUCCUUUUCUAUUUAGACAUACCAAACCAAUUGAAGUUUAUUUUAUUUUAUUUUAUUGUCUUUAAUUGAAAAUUGAAAAUUAGUCAUUAAUGUUGGUUGGUUUUUUGUACAGUAAUGAGUCAAAAUAUUGAGAUUAGUAGGGCAAAUUGGACUGACCCCAUCCAAAGAAAGCACUUUAUUGAUCUUUGUCUUCAAGAGGCAAACAAAGGCUUUAGAUCAGGUGGAGGUUUAAAGUCUAGUGCUUGGCCUCGAAUUGCUGAAGAGUUGGAGAAGUUACUUGGAAAACGUUAUACUUCAAAACAACUUAAGAAUGGGUGGGAUUACAUGAAAAGACAAUAUCUCAUUUGGAGUAAAAUGAUGACUAUGACAGGACAUGGUUACAACUCUGUAACCAAAACUUUUGAUUGGCCAGCUGAAAAAUGGGAAGAAUAUCUACAGAAAUAUCCAGAAGCUAAACAAUUCCGUUUUAAACCAUUAGCAAAUGUGGAAGAAUUAGAGGCAUUGUUUGAAGGAGUGUUAGCUACUGGGUCUAAAAAUUGGAGCUCUGGGGGAGUGAUAGCUUCUGGGGCUGAGGAAUCAUCAACACAUUCUACAUCUAUGCCUAGCGAAACUUCAAUUAGUUUAGAAGAAGAUGAGGAUUUGCCAAGAAAUACUAAUGAUGAAGCAGAAGGUUCUAAGAAAAAAUAGAAGAAAGGAAAGAAAGAGCAAACUCAAGAAGAAAUGAAUAGAAUAGUGAAUGUGUUGGAGAAUUUUGAAGGACCCACAGUCAAAGAAUGCAUGAAGAUUUUGAAGAGGCUUUUGACUUAUGAGGAUCCAUUAUACUAUGUAGCAAUUAAUGCAUUCUGCAAGAAGAAAGAGUACAGAGAGGUGUGGAUGGAGAUGGAAAGUGACGAAGAGCGAAUGGGAUGGAUUCAAAGCUUGCGAAAAUAACUUUUUAAAUAUUUGUUUUAGAUUUGUGGAAUGCCUAGGGUAUAUGACUUAUAUGAUGAUUUUAAUUUGGUACUUUUGGUUUGUUUGUUUUGAAUAUUUGAUGCAUUUAAACUUUUCCAAUUAUAAGACUUUCUCUCUACAUUUUAUGGA